UUUUUUUUUAAAUUGCAGAUCUCACAAAGCUAACCUAGCCCAGACCAGGAACCGACUAAGAUGGGCAUCUCGGCCAGCAAGCGCUCCGUGGACAUCACCAAGAGCCCCGACAAGAAGCUCAAGGACGUGAAGGACGUGAAAGACGUGAAGGAAGACAAAGAGAACGAAUCCCCCGAAGUGAACGAAGUGGAGAAGGAGAAGGAGGAGGACGCGGAGAACGAGAAGCCCAUGACCAAUGGAGAAGCUCACUCGUCACCAGAAGGGAAGACCGGGAAAGAGAAGGAAGACAACGACAAGGAUAAGGAGAAGGAAAAGGAAAAGGACAAGGACAAGAAGGUGAAGAAGAAGCGAUCGUUCCGGAGUUUCAGCUUCCUCAAGAGAAAGGAGAAGUCCAAAGAGAACGGUCAGGUGGAGAAGCAAGAGAGGGGUUGGAAAGCGGAUCGAGGAACUCUUUAUCAGGCCCAGGCCCUGUCUGGGGUCGAUGGCUGGGGGAUGGGAAAGAUCAGGCUCCGAGAUCUCUGUCUGGAAUCUCCAGGGGAUUAG